AUGGCCGACCGUGGCCAUUAUCGCGGCGGUCGUGGAAGCGGCGGACAUCCCCGCGGAGCGCGGGGCGGACGAGGCGGCGGAAGAGGUGGGCACGGAGCUGACUCGGGCGCUAGCGGUGGCACCCAACAACAAGAGCGGGAACGUCCCAAGAAGGAGAACAUCCUAGACUUGGCUAAAUAUGUAGACAAGAGGAUCACCGUCAAGUUCAAUGGCGGCCGAGAAGUUACCGGCACACUUAAAGGUUAUGACGCACUAAUGAACUUGGUCCUUGAUGAGGUUCAAGAAGUUAUGCGAGAUGACGAGGGCAAGGAGGCAACGCGGUCCCUCGGCCUGGUAGUCGCCCGAGGUACCCUACUGGUAGUCAUCAGUCCAGUAGAUGGAAGCGAAGAGAUUGAGAAUCCCUUUGCCCAACAGGCAGAAGAUUAA